UUGCUUGUAAUUCAAGGGAACCAUAACCUUUUAAUCUACCUUUGUCGUGUGUAUUUCUUUUUUCAUCACUUUGAAUAUAAUUUUAUUAAACAAUUUAAAAUGCCAGACCAUCUAGGAGACGAUAUGAGAAAAGUGAAGGAGGAUGAGAAAGAAGAAAAAGUAAUAAAAUCUCUCGAUGAAGGAGAUAUUCAAUUAUUGAAAACAUACGGCCAAGGACAAUAUACUAAAAGUAUCAAAGCAGUUGAAGAAGACAUUCAAACAAUAAUAAAAAGAGUUAAUGAAUUAACUGGUAUAAAAGAAUCUGAUACUGGAUUAGCUCCUCCAGCACUCUGGGAUUUAGCUGCUGAUAAAAUUACUCUUCAAAAUGAACAGCCUUUACAAGUGGCUCGAUGUACCAAAAUCAUCAAUGCUGACUCUGAUGAUCCUAAAUAUAUCAUUAAUGUCAAACAGUUUGCUAAGUUUGUGGUUGACCUAGCCGAUUCUGUAGCUCCUACUGAUAUUGAAGAAGGAAUGAGAGUUGGUGUAGAUAGAAAUAAAUAUCAAAUUCAUAUUCCUUUACCACCUAAAAUUGAUUCAACUGUAACAAUGAUGCAAGUUGAAGAGAAACCAGAUGUUACGUACAGUGAUGUUGGUGGAUGCAAAGAUCAAAUUGAGAAGCUCAGAGAAGUUGUUGAAACACCAUUAUUACAUCCUGAAAAAUUUGUCUCUUUGGGAAUUGAACCACCUAAAGGAGUAUUAUUAUUUGGGCCUCCAGGAACUGGAAAAACGCUGUGUGCUCGUGCUGUUGCUAAUAGAACUGAUGCUUGCUUUAUCCGUGUCAUUGGCUCUGAAUUAGUUCAAAAAUAUGUUGGAGAGGGAGCUAGAAUGGUGAGAGAAUUAUUUGAGAUGGCAAGAAGUAAAAAAGCAUGUUUGAUAUUUUUCGAUGAAAUUGAUGCGAUUGGAGGUGCGAGAUUUGAUGACGGAGCUGGUGGUGAUAAUGAAGUGCAACGUACCAUGUUGGAACUUAUUAAUCAACUUGAUGGAUUUGAUCCUCGAGGAAAUAUUAAAGUAUUAAUGGCUACGAAUAGACCAGACACAUUGGAUCCAGCUUUGAUGCGUCCUGGACGUCUCGACAGAAAAGUUGAAUUUGGUUUACCGGAUUUAGAAGGAAGAACUCACAUAUUUAAAAUCCACGCUCGCUCUAUGAGUGUUGAACGAGACAUUAGAUUUGAAUUAUUAGCUCGCUUAUGUCCAAACAGUACUGGAGCAGAAAUACGUUCUGUUUGUACUGAAGCUGGCAUGUACGCAAUUCGUGCGAGACGUAAGGUUGCUACUGAAAAAGACUUCCUUGAUGCUGUAACUAAAGUCAUCAAAUCUUAUGCUAAAUUCUCUGCUACCCCCAAGUAUAUGACCUACAAUUGAAGCUUUCUUAUCAGAAUAUAUUCAUACACAAAAAUAACAUCAUUCAUUUAUGCAAUAUGAGUAAUAUCCUUUUUCUAUAUUUGAAUUAAACACUGAUUAUAAAUUACUUUAGAAUAAUAACUGAAUCAAUAAACUAAUUUAAAAAAAAAGAAGAAUCAUUUUAUCAAAUAGUUUCACUCAGUUGGGUUACAGUAAUUUUGUUACCUGUCCCAAAUUACCUGCUUGACCGUGAAAGAACCUUUUCAGUAGUUGUACGCUUCAACUCCCUUCCAUUACCAUACACUUUGAUGAGUAGGGGAAAAAUAACUGCAUAAUCAAGAAUAAAAUGUACAACAGAGACUUCCAACAAGUUUAUAAAUCAAUAAAUACUAAACAGUUAA